AUGGCUGGUAUUGCCACUCUGAAGACGUCCAUCAUCAAGGAUGGUGUGACGAAACUUGGCUUGAAGCAGCCAAUCUUUACUCCCUCUCCCAUUGAUCCCAUGUACAAGGAACAGGUCAUCUUCGAAGGACUCUCAGUUGAUGUGAAUGGCGAUGGAACGCAGUACUCCAUGGAUGCCACUGUUGCAUACAAGCAGGCAGCGCUCAACUGUAUGGAUUAUAUUCAGCGCCUUGGCUACACCCGCGAGCAAGCUCACCUGCUGUUGUCGGCUGCCCCUGUCGAGGCCCACGUCGCUGCCAUCGUGGACGUCCCGAAUGCUUGCGUGACCAUGGGUCUGCCUCGUGCAAUCUUUGACCGGGACAUCCUUCCAACCGAUGAUGGUCUCGAUAGGCGUGACUACGGGCAGGCUGCCAUCCGUUCGGACGGCCAGCGGUGCCUUCAGUGA